CAGUGCAGGGGUCGUCGCGGUCGUUGUUGUCGAACUAACCGUUCCGGUAUAUAGAGUUAUUGCUCUAUGUUCCGGUACCGUAGCACUGUUGGAUGUUGGUCAACUUUUCACCGUGGUGCAAAUGUUCUAAGGAACGCCGAGCAAGAAAGACAAAAAGCUGCCGAUUCCCUCUCCCCGCCCUGCCCCUCCAAGUGAAACAGCUGUGGUCGACGAUCGUUGCGGCGGCCGCGGUGCAACAUUUGCGACUUGUGUCGAUUCCGAGAACCGCGCGGCUCCACGCGAAACCCAUCGUCGGUUUUCGUUCGCAGAUCACGGGCACCUGGUGCGCACACGCACUCGCAUUCUGUUAUAUGAAUUAUCUGUCUCACACACUCGGUUGGUACACACUCGUCCCGUUCUUAUUACCAGUUGUUCUCGACGUGUUGUCUCGUUAAACGUUUCCAAAUCGAUCUCGCAAUCCGUUACCGCCGUCCGAAUACAUCGUUCACUGUGCACCCGUUACGUAUUUACAACAUACACAUACACAUAGUUGUUUACAAUUUUUUCUUACACGUACUCGUUAUUUGUGUAUAUACGUUCAUGUACGUCUCUGCGUAUCGGGUACAUCUUAAACAGUGAAUUUUACCUCUCAGCAAACCGUAUCCGUUUAGUACCGUUCCACGGUACGGUUUCGAGUAUUCCAUUACAGAACGCGAGUGCGUGUUCCGGCCACUCGAGAAUUUGAAAAAUGUGCUUCGACCGCGGUUUCUAGCGAAAGGCGCGGGGAGAAGAUCGUUACUUAGAAGCCUUGAUAUUACCAAAAAUUAAACCGCAUGGAAACCACGUUCGCAUACAAACGCCCGAGGAAUUACGACCAUAAUCACCGCGCCGACGGUGAACGUUGUCUGGCGGUCAAAAAUAUAUUGAAAAGUAACCGCAUGAGGAGAACCGGUGUGAGAAAACGCAAAAGCAAACAACACGAGCUGACGGAAUGGCGGACAACGUCAGCGCGUCCGAGCCAGAAGUCAAUUUCGUAUUAAAUGGGAAUAGCCUCGUCGAAACCAGUGAUCUCUUAGACAAUGAUAAGGAUAAGCGAAACCAAAACGGCGGCGUUAACGAUCCGCCGCCGCAGCCAUCGCCACCACCGCCGCCCGGGUGUUUGACAUCGCCAUCGCCGUCGGCCACGGACGGCAAGGGUGGCUGUAGAAAGAUAAGCAAGAUAACCGUAGAGAACAAAAACCACGUGACGUUUUACAAGAACGACGAGCAGUCCGAGAGCAGCGACCGUGGCAGUACCGACAGUGGUAGCAGUCGUCGCAAACACCGCGGCGGCGACGAUGACGACGACGACGACGGUGAACGCCAUCAGCAUCAGCACAUAAACCACAACAACCACCACCACCACCACCACCACCACCACCAUCACCACUGUCACGAGCACGACUCGUCGUAUACGUCGUACUCGACCACCGAUUCGGACGAGUCGUCGUCUUCGUCCACGUCGUCGGACCUGGUGAACCGCGCGCCGGACGGCGGCUGGGGAUGGGUGGUAGUGUUCGCGUCGUUCAUGGUGAACAUGAUCGCGGACGGCGUGACGUUCUCGUUCGGCGUCAUAUUCAUCGAGUUCGAGAAGUACUUCGAGGAGGGCAAGAGCAAGACCGCGUGGAUCGGCUCGCUGUUCAUGGCCGUGCCUCUGCUGUCCGGGCCCAUCGCCAGCUUCCUGACCGACCGGUACGGGUGCCAGAAGGUCACGAUCAUCGGCUCCAUCAUCGCCUCGGCCGGCUUCGUCAUAUCCGCGUUCGCCGACUCGUUGUUCGUGCUGUUCGUCACGUUCGGCCUAAUAUCCGGCUUCGGGCUGUCGCUGUGCUAUGUGGCCGCGGUGGUCAUCGUCGCGUACUACUUCGACAAGCGCCGAUCGCUGGCCACCGGGCUAUCCGUGUGCGGCAGCGGCAUCGGCACGUUCGUAUUCGCGCCGCUCAACCACGUGCUGCUCAGCCACUAUGGGUGGCGCGGCUGCACGCUCAUCCUGGCCGGGUUGUUCCUCAACCUGUGCGUGUUUGGCAUGCUGAUGCGUGAUCUGCCGUGGACCAAGGAGCGCGCGCAGAACGAGUGGAAGAAAAAGAAGGACGCGCGGCUUCAGAAACGCCGGCUCAAGUCCACGGCGAGCUACGACCGGCAUUCCCAGCACACGCAACUGCCGUCCUCGCCCACGUCCGCGGCCAGCAAGGGUGAGAUCGAGUCCUCUCUGGAGCGCGAGCACCUGGGCAGCGGCGGGGGCGCGCACGACGAUCACGGGAUUCUGGCCGGCGGCGGCGCUACCAACGAUCUGAGGCUGUGCAAUUCCCUGGUCAACCUGCCCACGUUCGUGCGAAACCACGAAAAUGUUCCUUUAGAGGUGCUCGAGGCGCUCACCCAGAAAAAGCAACUCUACACCGUGCUCGUGCAGAACUACCCCAGUCUAUUGAUACCUUCAAAGAGUUUCAGCGACAGCGGACGAAUCAACGAAUUGGGUAACAUGUCGCCGACACAAGGUAUUCACGUGAAUCGAAUCAUCGGUAUUCAAAAACUGAUCGACCAUCAUGCGAAGAAAACUGACGACACUGUCGAUACUAAAUGUGAUAAAGUGGAUACGGUGCAAACAAAAAAGGGUACUAAUUUAGUUUUAAAAGAUUCUGAUUACGAUUGGUGGAUAAAGAAAGACAGCUCGCAAGCGAAACGCCUUCAAACCGCAUACCUUCAAGAUAUUAAAAUUCACAGACACUCGUUAACGUAUAGAGGAGCGAUGCUUAACAUCAAUAGGUAUAGACUAAGAGCAUCUUCGUGUCCUAAUAUUUAUCGUAAUUCUAUGACUACUAUAGCAAAAGAAAAACAUGAAUGGUCAGCUGGACUUUGGGAAUUAUGGUACCUACUAAUUGAUAUGCUAGACUUUUCCCAUUUUAAAAACAUACCUUUCUUAUUGUUUGCUUUAUCAAAUUUUCUCCUGUACACCUGGUAUGACGUACCGUAUGUUUACAUUGCUGAUUUGGCUAUUAUGAAAGGACACUCUGACGAAGAUGCGUCAUACUUAAUCAGUUUAAUCGGAAUAUUGAAUAUGUUUGGAGAAAUAUGGUUAGGUUGGGCUGGAGACAAAGCUUGGGUGAAUUCCAACAUGGUGUAUGCUGUAUCAAUGGUGCUUUGUGGUUUUGUUAUUGCAUUAGUUCCACUGUUUGGUAGUUAUUUAAGUUUGGGUAUUUUGUCUGGUUUCUUUGGUCUAUUCAUUUCCGCGAAUUAUUCAUUUACUUCAAUCAUAUUGGUCGAAAUAAUAUCUUUAGAACGAUUUACCAAUGCUUAUGGUGUUUUGUUAUUAGUUCAAGGAAUUGCUAAUUUAAUUGGACCUCCUUUGGCUGGUGGUCUAUUUGACAUAACAGAAAGUUAUGAUUUGUCAUUUUAUCUUGCUGGUUUUUUUAUUGCUCUAUCUGGAUUAUUGUUAUUUGUUCAUCCAAUUAUAAAGAAAAUUGCAAGAUAUAGAAGAAAACAGAAAUUGAUAAAUAGUCAUAAAAAUAAAAUUAUAAGCAUAACUUCCAACUGCAAGAAGUGUGCAGCAAUUGAAGAUGAUGUUAUAGUGACACCCAAAAGGCGUUCGAGUUUAUCAACAAGUGUCUGAAUAUUGACUAAUUACCAAUAAUAGUUUCAAAUCACUAUGUUAGAAUCUAAAUCAAAUUGGAUACCUGGUUUUUCAUUGUUUAACGAUUAUAUUUGAUAGUAAAAUGUCAAAUACAUAUAAUAAUUUGUAGUAUAAUAUUUAUUCUGUUCUUAUCAUUGCUAAUGAUGUUUCACAAUAAUGUUUCACGUAUAAAUUACAAAUUUA